UGUUAGCUUCCGGGGUCGAAUCCUUCCCCCCAACUCUGUAUGGAUGGAGGACGCGAAGUUAAAAGGCUUGGUGAUUUGCCAUCCACAGGAGAGGAACAUCUUCAAUCGGAUAUUUGGUGGUUUCCUGAUGAGAAAGGCGUAUGAGCUGGGCUGGGCCAAUGCCUGUACAUUCGUUGGUUGUCGGCCAGUCCUGGUGGCAGUGGAUGACAUCAUGUUCCGCAAGCCGGUGGAGAUCGGCUCUCUGCUACUGCUGUCCUCACAGGUGUGUUACACUGAAGGACACCACGUCCAGGUCAGAGUUCACACCGAGGUGCUCGACCCUUUGACCCGGCAGCACAACACCACCAACAUCUUUCACUUCACCUUCCAAGUCGAGAAGCCUGUUCUAGCUGUGGUCCCGCAGAGUUAUGGAGAGUCCAUGCUCUAUCUGGAUGGGAAAAGACACUUUGAUGAGACAAUGAAGAGCCAGUAAAGAACAUUAUGCAUACGAUGUGUCCAUAAAAGAUGAUGUCUUCCAAUGCAACGCAGCAGACAAACAAAAGGAAUGCAACUGCACUUUUUCUGAGGCGAUGUUACAUUGGACAGAUUCUGUUUGUGUGCAUGUAUACAUUAUUCAUUUAUAAAUAUAGAUUCAAAAUAUUCACAAAUAUUUAUACUCGU